AUGGGUACUUCAGCAUCCAAAUUUGUACCUGAAGUGACGGCAACAACAUUGAAAGCAGGCAUGCCUACAGUGGUUGAUGUCAAGUUUGCCAAGUCGAUAACUAAAGUAUUGAUUAACCUCACCAGUCUGCAAACUGGUAGACACUGGAUGGUUUGGUUGCCGGACGGGUUCCAUGGACCAAUUAUUUUUCAUGAUGGUCCAACCAACGCUGAUCCGAUCAUGAUGGUUGUACACCACGAGAACAAGCGAGGCACUAAAUUCGCUGUAAAAUUGCCUGAGUCUCCAAAUGAGAAAAGAGGACCACGAUCAGAAACAUUCACUUGGGUUUGUGGGUUGGCGAAGAAUGAAUUAUACUGGUUCGAGAUUGAUGUAGGUUAUGAAACUAGCCGAAGAACUGAGAGGUUUGAAUGGAGAAGAUCUCAUGGAUCGGAGGUGGAAAGUCUAAAUAUGGCAACGUGGGGGUGGAAACUCGUGAUGAAGCCAAGUCUGCCCCGUAGGCAGUCAAUUGGCAAGCAACCUCAUCUGCGUAGUAUGGGAUUCGCCAGUGAUGGAGGCGAAGUGGUCGCCGUUUGGGGAUCUAGCCAUGGGUUGAAUAAUUUGGGUCAUUUUGAGCUUCAAGGAAGAGGUAAGACUGGGGAAUUGGGAGAAUCGUUUAUACUUAUGGCUUUGGCAUCGUCUCUUACAAUUGAAUGCAAUAACUAUCAGUGA